UAUUGCUAAUUACUUUACAGAUAUUUUUUUUCAUACAAAAUAUAUGAUAAUCUCAUGAUGCAUUGUUCAUGAAUUGAAAAUGCUGACAAUAUAUAGUUUAAAUAUGCCCCAGCUGCAACAUAAGUAAUACUACUUACAUGGUAAUGUAUCAAUAAUGAUAAUCCAAUAAUAUAAACCCCUGAAAUGACCAUUCUGCAUAAUGACUAGUGUUACUUCAUCCAUUUGUUGUACAUGAUACUACUAAUUCCUCUAUACUUUUAGUAUAACCUACUCAAGCACAAUUUUGAAAGCAGGAUAACUUUUACUUAAUUACUGUGAUUGUUGUAUUGCUACUUUUACGUGUGUAAAUGAUCUAAGUACUUCUUCCAUCACUGGACUUUUUUAAAGAAAAUAAAUAAAGUGAACAUAAAUAAACAAAGUUUCGUCUGAAUUGUAUCAUUUGCCACCAUAUGUUCAGUUUCAAUAGCUGCCUGAUGCUGCUGCAUGGUGCAGUGUGAUUACAAUGUGGGCAGGAAAUGCUGAAGAAGGAGCAGAACGGUUUUCUGUGCACAUUGGUCCCAGUCCAGCAUACUAUAGCUGUUGAACGCGAGAAGCUGCCAAACUCGACAUUGUGCAGAGUGAAGUAGCUCUAUCAGCUUAUAAUGGUCUUGGCUUUAUUGUGUUGGGUAGCAGCAGUGCGUCGCAGCCCGUGGUGCGCCUCUGCGCUCUGAUUGGCUGAGACUAAAGUGAUGCUCUCUGCAUCCUGCUCCCACAGCCAGGACAGGAGGGAGGGGAGCUGGAAGCGCGGCCGGGAAAUCAUCAUAAUAACACAGGCUGAAAAAAACAUCCUUUUCACCGUUUUCCUCAUCUGGAAGAGAUGUUUACACUCAACAUGUCUGUAGAAACAGAAGUAGCUGCUGUGAUCAACUCGUGACCGCCUCUUCAAAACGUCCUCAGACAGCGCUGGGAGGCUCAUCAGCCCCCUGUGAAAGUCUCACCUUUACACUCCGAGAACACUGAGCAGGUUAACCCAAAGGCCACGAGUAUGCCCGUCAACGACUCCGAGAGCAUACUGAGCUACCAGAGGCCUGAUGAGGAGGUGGUAGUAGACCAGGGAGGGACCAGCUCAGUGCUAAACAUCCACUAUGAGAAGGAGGAACUUGAAGGCCACAGGACUCUGUAUGUGGGAGUUCGGAUGCCCAGGCAGAGCCAUCGUCACCACAAGGCCCACGGCUCUCGGCACCGCAAGAGAGACAGAAGGGCAGGAAGCAUCGCAACACAACAGAGCGAGGGAACUGAGAAAACCACAUCCACUCAUGAUACACCGUCCCAGCGGGUCCAGUUCAUUCUGGGCACAGAGGAAGAUGCUGAACAUGUGGCCCACGAGCUGUUCACUGAGCUGGAUGAGAUCUGUGUGAAGGAUGGCAAGGAUGCCGAGUGGAAGGAAACAGCCAGGUGGCUGAAGUUUGAGGAAGAUGUGGAGGAUGGCGGGGAGAGGUGGAGUAAGCCCUACGUUGCUACUCUUUCCCUCCACAGUCUGUUUGAGCUGCGCAGUUGCAUCAUCAAUGGCAGCGUGUUGCUUGACAUGCAUGCUGACUGCAUCGAAGAGAUUGCAGACAUGGUGCUAGACCACCAGGAGGCAUCCCAUGAGCUGGAUGACAGUGUGAGGGUGAAGGUACGUGAGGCCCUGCUGAAGAGACACCACCACCAGAAUGAGAAGAAGAAGAACCUGAUCCCCAUUGUACGCUCUAUUGCAGAGGGAACUCGGAAGCAGUCAGAGCCCCUUCUGACAGCAGGGUCAACCACGUUGCCCCAGCCUCCUCCAGUGACAGAACCAGCUAAGAAUGGUGCCGGACAGGACAGCACACAAGUGGAUCUCAGCAAGGUGGACAUGCACUUCAUGAAGAAGAUCCCAGAGGGUGCAGAGGCUUCCAAUGUGCUGGUGGGAGAGCUGGACUUCCUGGAGAGGCCCAUUGUGGCCUUUGUCCGCCUUUCCCCUGCUGUGCUGCUCACUGGACUCACUGAAGUCCCCAUACCUACCAGGUUCCUCUUCAUUCUCCUGGGCCCAGAUGGAAAGGCUCAGCAAUACCAUGAAAUUGGACGCUCCAUGGCAACCAUCAUGACUGAUGAGAUCUUCCAUGAUGUAGCGUACAAGGCAAAGGACAGAGGUGACCUUCUAGCUGGGAUAGAUGAGUUCCUGGACCAGGUGACUGUCCUGCCACCAGGGGAGUGGGACCCCUCCAUCCGCAUCGAGCCUCCUAAGAAUGUCCCCUCUCAGGAGAAGAGGAAGAUGCCUGGAGUCCCAAAUGGCACAGCCUGCCAGGUGGAGGAAGAGCUGCAUGCAGAGCACCAUGGGCCAGAGCUGCAGAGAACUGGAAGGUUGUUUGGUGGUCUGAUACUGGACAUUAAAAGGAAGGCUCCAUUCUAUGUGAGUGACUUUAGGGAUGGUCUGAGCCUCCAGUGUGUGGCCUCCUUCCUCUUCCUCUACUGUGCCUGCAUGUCUCCUGUCAUCACCUUUGGAGGACUGCUGGGAGAGGCAACUGAAGGACGCAUUAGUGCCAUUGAGUCCUUACUUGGUGCGUCUAUGACGGGAGUUGCCUAUUCUCUGUUUGCUGGCCAACCUCUAACCAUCCUGGGCAGCACAGGCCCUGUGCUGGUUUUUGAGAAGAUCCUCUUCAAAUUCUGCAAGGACUACGACCUGUCCUAUCUGUCACUGAGGACUUGCAUUGGCCUGUGGACAGCUUUCCUGUGUUUGUUAUUGGUUGCCACAGAUGCUAGCUCUCUGGUGUGUUACAUCACUCGGUUCACAGAAGAGGCCUUCGCUGCUCUCAUCUGCCUCAUCUUCAUCUAUGAAGCCUUGGAGAAGCUAUUCCACCUGGGAGAAAUCUACCCCUUCAACACACACAGCGAUCUGGACAAACUCACGCUGGCAUACUGUAGGUGUGCAGAGCCUGAUCAUCCCAGUAAUAAAACCUUAGAGCUGUGGAGUGACAAAAACAUCACAGCUGCUGCUGUACCCUGGGCCAACCUUACUGUCAAGGAGUGUAUCAGUCUGCAGGGACACUUUGUCGGGACAGCAUGUGGCCACCAUGGCCCCUACACCCCAGACGUUCUCUUCUGGUCUACCAUUUUGUUCUUCUCCACCUUCUUCGUGUCUGCAUUCCUCAAACAAUUCAAAACUAGUCGUUACUUCCCCACCAAGGUGCGGUCCAUGAUCAGUGACUUUGCAGUGUUCCUGACCAUUGUCGUCAUGGUUUUGCUUGACUAUGUCAUUGGGGUGCCCUCCCAGAAGUUAAAGGUGCCCAGCAAAUUCCAGCCCACCAGAGACGACAGAGGGUGGUUGAUCAAUCCAAUAGGACGCAACCCAUGGUGGACAGUCCUGGCAGCCUCUAUUCCUGCUCUUCUCUGCACCAUCCUCAUCUUCAUGGACCAACAGAUAACUGCCGUCAUCAUCAACCGAAAAGAGCACAAACUGCUGAAAGGCUGUGGGUACCACCUGGACCUGCUAAUGGUUGGGGUGAUGCUGGCGGUGUGCUCCAUCAUGGGCUUGCCCUGGUUCGUAGCCGCCACAGUCCUGUCCAUCUCUCAUGUCAACAGCCUGAAGUUGGAGUCGGAGAGCUCAGCUCCAGGAGAGCAGCCUCGCUUCCUGGGCAUCAGAGAGCAGAGGCUCACUGGCCUGGUCAUCUUCCUGCUCAUGGGCUGCUCUGUAUUCAUGACUGGAGCCCUGCAGUUUAUUCCUAUGCCGGUGUUGUAUGGUGUUUUCCUUUACAUGGGAGCUUCUUCAUUAAAAGGCAUCCAGUUCUUUGACCGUCUAAAGUUGUUUGGGAUGCCAGCGAAGCAUCAGCCAGACUUCAUCUACCUGCGCCAUGUCCCCCUGAGGAAGGUGCACCUGUUCACUCUCACCCAACUCACCUGUCUGGUGCUGCUCUGGGUCAUCAAGACCUCACCUGCUGCUAUCGUCUUCCCAAUGAUGGUGCUGGCUCUGGUAUUCGUCCGCAAACUUCUGGACCUGUGCUUCUCUAAUCGAGAGCUAAGCUACCUGGAUGACUUAAUGCCUGAAUGGAAGAAAAAAAAUCUAGAUGAUGCUUCCAAAAAGAUAGAGGAGGAAUCACAGGUUAUGCUCAGUGCAAAGACGGAAGAUACAACUACAGUUCAGAUUCCCAUGGAGAGUUGCAAGCCAGUUCAGACCCCAAAAGCACAUGAUCCCAGGUGUGACCCCUCUGAUAUUAAUAUUUCUGAUGAAAUGUCUAAAACCACCAUGUGGAAAUCCCUCAACUCCAAUAAGAAGGACUCUCGUCCUGUGGCUGCUAAGAAGGCAAGGCCACACCCUCUCUCUGUCUCCUCACCCCUGUUAUCUGGAAAUCAUCCCACUACACAUUGUGACUUUACUGUUUUCCAAUUGUUGUUCCAAGAGCUCAUCAUUGACUUGUAAUUGUAAAUUGAGGGCAGCCAAGCUGUGCUCUCUUCUGUCUUAACUCUGGGCUUGUAUGUUUUAGGAUUGAAGGGAUCACGUUCAUAGACGAGUAAAGGAUUUCCGCAGUCCUGGCAGACUCGACUGUGCCGCUUGACGUGAAGUUCUGGACCACAGGAUGGUGGGAUUUUGCCGCUUCGACUGUCAGCCAUUUCAGUGCUUAGAGAAACAAGUCUCAAUGAUUUCUACCAGCUACCCUUAACACAUAAUAUUGCAGUACACACACACACACACACAGACAUACACAUAUACUUCCUUCUGUCUUUGUGAGGGCUGUAAAUAUAUGCUGUAUUUAAAAUUGCAUUUCCCCAAACUGAAGCUCUAAAAUCAAAAUAAAUCCUAAUCUAAUCCUAACCUCAGUCACCUUAACCACCAUUAAUUCUUGGAUCUUCUACAUUCAGCUGCUAAACCAGGCAGGGAGGAUGUUAUAUCUCUAUCUUCAGUGUGAAGUUGAAGAAUGACACAAAGGAUAAAACUUACAGACAUAAUUUUCUCAUUUAACUGCCCUCACCUGUGAUAAUUCGAUACUAUCGAACUGCUCAGUUGUAAUUAAUUCGUGAAGAGCAGCGAGACAGGCUCAAAAAAUGUAAUCUAGAGACAAAUCCACCCUGAAGCCGCUCCAUUGAUGGUGGCAAUAAAUAAUGAAAUAACUGCGAGGACUCUGUGACAGCAGCCGGCAGCCAUGGUGAUUUCACUGAGAUACGGGGAUCUGGAAGCUUUAUAUUCAUAUAAAACCCAUUUGGAUGUAACAUCUUAAACAGCCUAAGAGUCCAGUCAGUCUGUCAGUAAGUUAGUGUCAUUAAACCUGCUCGAAAAAUGACACCUGAUAACAUCAUCAGUUUAAGUCUUGAUGCUUUGUUUUCCAGCACAUGAGGAGACAGCUGUUUGUUUGUCUAUAAAUAUCUACUAGCCAUAGCCUGAGUCCUUGCACAGAUUUAAACUGCUCCUGCACUCAGUUGCCAGUUUAUUAGGUACAGAUAGCAGUCUAAUACAACAGCUCUGCACUAAAUCCUACCUUCACAACUCAGUUUUCUGUUCACACAGUUUAAGAGAGGUGUUGAUUCAACUUUACAGUCAUCUUGGCUGUAGAUUGCGGUGCUGUUGAAUUGUUUUUUAAUCAUUUGUCCACCCUGUUUUUAUCAAUGACUAAAGACUGCAUUAGUUUAGAUGUAUCUAAUAAACUGACUACAGUGUAAUGUGGGUAAAGUAAGAACCAACAGUUUUGAAGAUGUGUUCCUCACAAAGACAGAAGAGCACACACACACAUUGAAUAACCGUCAGCGUUUCAUCAAAAACAACACCUAACUUUCACCCUCUAUCGUUCACUUAGCUGGGCUAUAUGAUGGAGUGUAAAUGCUCCUUUAAAAACAAACCAGGUUCUUUUUAUUAAUAUAAUUAGGUUUAUCAUUCCUUAAAUCUAGUAGAGUCUCUUUUAUUUAAUGUGCCAAGAGUGUGUUCUUUUUCUAAUAGUGAUGAUAUGGUCGAGUAUUUGGUAGAUAAAAAUACAUUGCAGGUUCAGUAAUACACACAAUUCUUUUGGGCCAUAAAACUUCUCAGUUCUCAGUGUCAGUUCUGUGUGAAAAUGUAAACUGAAAACUGUAAAUGUCAGAAGACCCACUUCACUCGAAGCAGUGGCAUCCUCAACAUUUUUUUUGUUUGUUUUUUUAGGUGUAAUCUUUUCUCUUUAUGGACAUUUGUCUUUUAACUACUGAUUGUGUAGGGUGGAGGUUGUUCUACAGAAUGUUUGUCAUGUGUUAGUAUAGUGUCUUAUUUCUUUACCUCAAACAAGUUAAUGAAUGCUCCUGCAAGGCACUUUGAAUGACGUCAGGUCAGGGGAAACCAGAGCAGAAAACGUGUGUGUGUGUGUAAGAGAGUGUGUGUGUGUGUGUGUGUAACCCUUUGAGUAUCAGGACAAUAAUAACUAUUUGUUGUUGGUUUUUUUUUUGGGGGGGGGGGCUACAGGAUUUUCAUUUUAGCAAUAAUUUACCCAAAAUCAUACCCAAAUUGACUUUAAAGGAUGGGUUCACAAUUUUUCAAGUCUGUCCUAAAACAACAGUCAGGUGCCCAAAUGAAAACUGACACAUGCUUUUCUUGCUGCAGUCAUUCCUCCCAUUCAUACUGGCUUUUAAGAGAUCCCCUCAUAAUGCACUUUCAAUGUAAGUGACGGGGGACAAAAUCCACAACCCACAAUUGGUGCAAAAAUGUAUGUAAA